UUAACCUGUCAAAUAUAAAAGAGUUGAUGAAAAAUCUAUUUAUCUUUAUAAUGGAUUAUCAUCAAAUCCUCCUUCUGCUUACAACAAGCGAUAAAGACAAGCCUGGCGAUUUUGAUGAAAAAUUGGAAAAAAUUUUAGACGAAGCUUAUACAUUCCUACCUGAAGAAUUAAAAAAUCAUAUAAUUAAAGAAUGUGAAGAAGCUGAAGAUUUAUCGACAAGGAGAAAAUAUUUACAAACAAUUUUGUUAGUUUUGAAAACUCUCCACAAGGAUGUAUUAUCAAUUAGCGAGACAUUCAUGAGUGUAACCGAAUACAGGGGAGUUAAAAUUGCUAUUGAAAUGAUUAUAUCUCUAGGAAUAAUUCCCUGCCUUCUACCGGGCAUUGGAGCUGGAUUAAAUAAAUUAUGUUCACAUGCUGGACAACUUAAGGCUGAAUCGAUAUCUGAUUUGCAAAAGUAUAACCGAUUAGUAAUAACUACAAGAAUUCUCACAGAUUGCUACAAUGAAAUAUCUCUGAGACCUGCAAUUUUAACUCAAUUAGGACCUUUAUUAGGAGCGUUAUUCCAACUUGCUCAUGCACCAUUGAUGAAGCCAACUGCUAUUGAAAACCCACAAUCAUCGAAAGUCCACAUUACACAAGAACUUUACGAAAAACUUUUAGCCGACCAGGAAGAAUUUAAUGAACGAUUGAACAAACUAAUAAAAAAUUGUCCUCAAUCUUCCAUCAUAAAGGAAUUAAUGGUUCUUUCAGGUCUCCAGCAUGCUCCAAACUGGCUAAAACGAAAGACUCGACUUUACGUAACUGAUGCUGUUACAGAGCCAACUGGUAUCAUGUCUUUAAUUAAUGCUAUGUGUGAAGAUUCUCUUGAUCUAGGAGUUCACUGGAAUCGAUUAGAAGUUAUAUCAAAACUCGUCGUUAAUUCUUCUGGAAAAGAUCCUGACAAAUAUUAUAGCUCAAUUUGUGAUCAACUAAUAAACAUUUUAAAUUCUAGAAAAAUCAAAAAUUCUUCAACGAUAGCAAAUUGUUUCAUUGUAGCUCUUUAUGAAGUGCAUCCAAAUAUUUGUAAAGAGAAAAUUAUUGAUGUCAUUUCAGCACCUUUCAUGGUUAGACAACUUGAGUCUAAACAUCAGAAAGGUGAAAAUUCGGUUCUAAAAUCUGAAAAUGAAAUAUCAGAAAGUUUAGAGAAUCUAAUUAAAUGUUUUGCUUGUAAAGAUGCAAAAUUUAAAUAUCUUCCAUGUUCACUGAUUAAAGAAACGGCUGUUCCACUUUUUUAUAUGCACGUUAAGAUUCAUAAAAGUCCAUUAUUAUUAAAAUCGAAAACUCGCGAGUUAUUAAUUCACUUACUUAAAGAUGAAGAAUUGGGAGAAAAUAUAUUAUCAACUUUUUUUGAACAUAAUUCUAAUGAAUCUGAAUAUUUUUUGAAAAAUUAUUCAUUUGAAUUUGGACCUUCUGGGGGUGUCCAAAUGGUCAGUAAACCAACAAAAAUUGAUAUUGAAAAAUAUUUUACAGAUUUAGCUGAUAGUUUAUUAGAUCUCGUUCAACCAGAUGAGAUUUUAUCACUUAAUCUAAUGAAUUAUCUUCUCAAAUGGCUAACGAGUUUAAACAAUACGAAGUCAUCACCACAUAAAAACAACCAUUUAGAAACUAAUGAUGAUUUUAUGGAAAUAUUUUGUAAACAAUUAGCAGUAAAAGAAUUACUAUUAAAUCUUGUACAUACUAAUUCAGUUCAAACGGGACUUUUUAAAUCUCCUCAGACUUUUUUUACAUUUAUUAAAUCACUAUUUCCAGAAAAUUUUGAAACUGAAAAUGAUGAAAAUUAUGAAAUAUUAUAUACGAGUUUAAUGUUGAUUAAAAUAAUUGUAACAGAAAAGAAAGAAAAACCGAAAGACUGGAAGCUUUUUGUUGAUUUAUCGAAUUUUUUAAAAGAAAAAAUAAAUGGUUCUCAGCCACCAUUACCUUUAUUGAAUUUAAUUAAAGAAGUUUUAGAUGCUAUCAAACUGCAAGGUAAAAGUCCACAAUACCAAGACUUGAAUAUAGACAAUAAAAGUAAUGAAUUCGAUAAAGCACUUGAAGAUUUAGCUGAUCCUCUGUUACCAGUUCGAGCACAUGGUUUAAUAAGUUUGACAAAAUUAAUUGAAUCAUCAGAUCCAGUAACUAUUUCUAAAAAAGAUUUAGCUUUAUAUUUUUUUAAACAAAACUUAAAAGAUGAGGAUUCAUUUAUAUAUUUAGCUGCUAUAAAUGGACUAUGCGCAAUGGCUUCAUCAUUUCCUCAACAAGUUAUUGAGAUUUUAGUUCAAGAAUUCAUUGAUAUGCCUCAGCGAAACGUGAAUGGAGAAAUAGCACCUGAAAACCGAGCAAAACUGGGUGAAAUAUUAGUGAAAACAACGAGGGCAUUAGGUGACAUGGCUCCGGCAUAUAAAAAUAUUCUUAUCAACGGAUUUUUAUGUGCUAUUCGUGACAAAGAUGAAAUGGUACGUACCUCUAGCCUUUCAUGUCUUGGAGAACUCUGUAAAGUUUUGGGAUUUCGUUUGGGAAAUGCCAUUGUUGAAAUUCUAUAUUGUAUUGGGAAAAUAAUUGAAACUGAUAAGGCUCAGGAAUGCAGGCGAGCAGCAGUUUUAGUCACAACACUCUUGAUACGUGGACUUGGUAAGGAUGCGCUUACUGACUUGGGAAAUGAUCUUCUACCGGUUUAUCGUAGCCUCAAGUAUCUUCGAGAUAAUGAUAAUGAUGAAGUACUUCGUCUCCACGCUCAAUUAGCUCUUGAGGAACUAGAUGAAAUAGUACGAAAUCUUUUAUUUGUGAAACCGGUUCUUCAAAAAAAAAUAUUCUUACUUUCAUAGAAUAUUUGACGUAAAUUUAUUGUAAUUUGUAAAUAAAAAUAAUUUUUGUAUUAAUAUUUACACAUAUAAGU